GAGCGAUCAUCCCUGCGCAAGGCGAGCGAUCUACACAAGCCGUCGUCAAGACUCUCGACGUCCGGACAUCCCUCUCCCUCCUCAAGGCUCCUUCGCCCCGUAAAACAAAAUGGCCACUCAGAUCAGCAAGAAGCGCAAGUUCGUCGCUGACGGUGUCUUCCGUGCGGAGCUCAACGAUUUCUUCAUGCGCGAGCUGUCCGAGGAGGGUUACUCUGGUUGCGAUGUUCGGGUCACCCACGCCCGCACUGAAAUUAUCAUCCGUGCCACCCACACCCAGGAAGUUCUCGGCGAGAAGGGUCGCCGCAUCCGUGAGCUUACUGCCCUCGUGCAGAAGCGUUUCAAGUUCCCUGAGAACUCUCUCGAGCUGUACGCCGAGAAGGUUCAGUACCGUGGUCUCUCUGCCAUCGCACAGUGCGAGAGCUUGAGGUACAAGCUCCUUGGUGGUCUUGCUGUUCGCAGGGCCUGCUAUGGUGUCCUCCGCUUCGUCAUGGAGUCGGGUGCCAAGGGUUGCGAGGUUGUCGUCUCUGGCAAACUCCGUGCUGCCCGUGCCAAGUCCAUGAAGUUCACCGAUGGCUUCAUGAUCCACUCCGGUCAGCCCGCCAUCGACUACGUCGACUACGCCGUCAGGCACGUCAUGCUCAGGCAAGGUGUGCUUGGUAUCAAGGUCAAAAUCAUGAAGGGCUGGGACCCCGAGGGCCAGCUUGGUCCCAAAAAGCCCCUCCCCGACUCCGUCCAGAUCCUCGAGCCCCCUCUCGACAAGAUUGUUGCGGAGCCCACCUCCGAGCAGCGCGAGCCUGCUAUCAUCGCCGCACCGGCGCCUCCAGCGGAGGAGCAGGCUGCUUACCAGGCACCGCCGGAUGCGUACCAGCAGUCGUACGAGCAGCCGGUUGCGUUCUGAACGCAUGUAGUGGAUGUUUACGUUGUCAUGUAUCAUGCUGGUCCUCAAUUUAUGACCAUUCACGCUGCAUUCUCCUUCGCCAUCACGUAUGUCCAAACAUGCCAUUCCUCAUGCGAGGAUGCGAGGGAAACUGUCUAUCGACAACCUUGAUCCAACAACA